AUGAGCACUCCAGAAAACUUACCUCAUGAAAUCAUUGAGAACAUCAUCUUCUUGCUUGAUCAUCCAUACGACCAUUUAUCAUUCAUGAGAAACUGUUCUACAGUAUUCAGAGCAUAUACUGCAAAGACGUAUAGGUUGUUAUGUAUAAAUCAAGGAUUUAGCAGAUCAGAAAAGGAUAAGAAAGUCAUCAGUUGGGAUAGGCUUUUUCACUCUGUUUUGGGUCAUUCCGAUACUUGCAAAGAAGCUUAUUGCAAUCAAUUUGGUGGAGCAGGCGUCAACGUAAUCAGUAGUAUAGAAAAGAUGAUCAAGCAUCCGAAAGAAUACUUUCCACGCUAUGAUGAAGAUCGUAAACUUCAUAUACACAUUCGUGAAUUAGUCGAGCAAGAUCUCAAACACAUUCUAGUAACCCCAUUCCUGUCAAUUCCCCUCAGUUCCCCAUUCUUGGACAAGGUAUAUCACGGAACGGAAAGUACCAAUUAUCUGAUUACCUUCUGGGGAGAAGAGAUUCGUAGAAAUAAGUGGAGUCUUGGUUCUCAUCCAAAAUUAGGUUGGGCAUUCGCUUGUCUUCCACCCAUCCAAAAACUUGUUGUUCAACUCAUAUUGUCAGAUCCUGAUUCAGGUAUAACGAGCAAUCCUAGUACACCCAAUUCCUACAAGGCAUCCUUAGAAGUUGAGAAUGGGACUGGUGUGACGGUUUUUGAUAUCAUUAUGGGGAUUCAUAGUUGCCUUAAACAUAACCUUCCUCGGAGAUGGAGGGAUGGAUACCCGAAGCACCUUGGUAACACUUUAACAUGGUAUGAUCAUCUGAAACUUGCUGAUAGAACUCAACGCUCGAGAAUCCUACUACCUAUCGAGAAGGUGUGUUUAACAAAGUCGAUUGAGAAUGAGGAGCUGGUUUUGGAGAUACGGUCGAAGAAGAUAAAUUAUUGA